CGUGACUCCACGUCAUGUGACACGCUGUGUUAUUGUCAGCUAGCAGCUGCACGGAUGGAAAAUAGAUCAAGGAAAAGUGUAGAAAACACAAUUCUGACUUGCUGAGAAUUGUGUAUUUCUGAAAAACGGACUGUAUCAAGAAUCGAGUUUGUUUUGAAUCCUUAUUUUUUUAUGCUGCUAUUUAUGUAAAGCCUGUUUGGAUGUUGCGACAAAUGAAUGCCACUUUGUGAAGUAGCAUUGAGUACCAGUCAUUUGUUGAACUUGGCUCAGUGCUGAAGAUGAACGCUCUUGUUGCUCUCUGUCAUUUCUGUGAGCUCCAUGGCCCUCGGACAUUGUUUUGCACAGAGGCACUGCAUCCUCCAUCCCCAUCUCCUUCAUCCCAGACAGGUGUCCCUGUGCCUGGGGACAGGGACCGAGAUGGUGACCGGGAAGGCGAAGGGCUUACUAUGAGGGCUAACAGCUCAGCCACCCAGAGAGGAGAGAUGUGUGAUGGAUGCCGAUCUCUGCCUGCAUCUCACCCAGGCUUUGUAAGCAUAGAUGAUGAAACAGGAAUACGUUUCCUGAGCCACCAGCAUCCCAGACAGCCGCAGCUUUUCAGUGUGGUCCGGCAGGCGUGCGUACGCAGCCUCAGCUGUGAGGUAAACAGUGACGUGUGCCCUGGACGUGAAGGGCCCAUUUUCUUUGGAGAUGAGCAGCACGGUUUUGUGUUCUCACACACCUUCUUUAUCAAAGACAGCCUGGCCAGGGGCUUCCAGCGCUGGUACAGUAUAGUUAUGGUAGCAAUGGACAGAAUCUACCUCAUCAACUCCUGGCCCUUCCUGUUACGCCACCUUAGACUCACCAUACAGAGCCUACAAAGCACAGCCCUCAAGGUGUUUGACAGUGAACAAGGAGUGUGUCCCCAGCGAGCAGUGAGAAUGAACAGCGUCUUCUCGCCUGCUGUGUUCCCUCAUCAGAGGAGUGGAAAUGCAGCCAGAUCACUGACCUCUUUAACCCAGCAUCCCAACCUCUGGGCCAGUCUGCACUCCUCCUUUAGCUGGUUGCUGAAGGCCUGUGGAAGUCGUCUGACAGAGAAGCUGCUGGAGGGGGCUCCCACAGAGGACACACUGGUGCUCAUAGAGAGGCAGACAGAACAAGAGGAGGAAAUGAGCUGCUGGGAGGGCGCAGAAGGAGGCGGCCCUAGGCCACAACGGAUCCAGUCGGAAAGCGAGCUGGCCCACGACUUCCUGUGUGAUGAUGGAAAAUUGGAUGAAUUACCAGGACCCAAGUUUUGGUCACUGAGGCAUUUGAGACAGGUCCUCGGGGCGGCCGAGUUUCGUCAGCUUGUGUGGCACGUGCUCAUGGGAAAUCAGGUCAUAUGGAGAGGAGCAGACCCCGGGCUCAUCCAAUCAGCUUUCAUAGUGCUCAAGUCUUUGCUCCCAGUGGGCUGUGUGCGUUCUGUGCCGUACAGUGCUCAGUAUGAGGAGGCCUACAAAUGCAACUUCCUGGGUCUCAGCACGGAUGUGCCCAUUCCAGCGCACGUCAGCUCCUCAGAGUUUUCCGUGCUGGUGGAUGUCAGUUCAGAGAGAAGCUGCCAGACUUCAGCCCUAGGUGAAGAUGACAUCUCCUCUCUUUAUCAGUUUAGCAUCAGCAGUGCCAACACACAGCCCACAGACAGAGGUCCCACGUUACUGAACAAGCUCGAGGUGGCCCUGUCUAAUGAGAACUUGUCUGUGGAUGUCGUGUCUCACUGCCUGUUGUGUCUGAAGGAGGAGUGGAUGAAUAAGGUCAAAGUGCUGUUCAAGUUCUCCAAAGUGGACGGGCGGGGAAGGGAGGACACCCAGAAGGUUCUGGCCCUCCUCGGGGCAACGGGGCCGGGUGAGGAGGACAACGUCAGGCUACUCAAGUUCUGGAUGACCGGACUCAGCAAAACCUACAAGAGUCAUCUCAUGACGGCCGUGCGAGGAGGGGAAAGGAGCCCCAGCCAGUGAUAAAGAGAGAAGGAGAAUGUAGUGAGGGGAAAAAGGGGUUGAACAGAGGGGGGGGGGGGGGAUUACUAAAGAAGGGAAAAUGAAAGCAGGAUUUGUUAGAUCAUCAGUAGAUUAAUGUAUUCGGGACUUUUUUUAGAAUGAAAGAGAAACAUGAAUGGACGUCAGUAAUGCUUUGGCUCAUUUAUUGUUUUUUGUUUUUUUCAAGUAAUUUGAAAUCUUCUGUUAAUAACCUGAUUAUUCUCCCGCUCAGAUUCAGCCAGUGUUUGUCAAAGGGAAUUAUUGCAGACGGCCUUUAAGACUAAUAUGUGUAUCUUUAACUUAUUAAACAGACUUUGCACUUUUUAAACUCUUUUUUGCCGAUGUUUUUAAACAAAAUAAAUGACCGUGAACAGUCA